AUGCGCAUCCUCUUGGAGUCUGUCACGCCGGUCGUGUUGAAAUCAGCGAAGACCCCAAGAAUACAGCUCUCCGACUCCGCGCUAGACAUCGAACAUUUGUUUACAAUGCUGUACGACAGCCAACGAUAUUUCAGUCUGAGCUCCGGUCCCGUGGAGUUUUCCAUGGUCCUAUCCCUGAUACGUUUAGGACACAAAUACGAGAUGACUACGCUCAGAGAUGGUGCAUUGGAGCGUCUCAAAACAUGUUUUCCUGCAGACUUUGAGGAGUGGUGCGAGCUUGACGAAGAUGGGAGUGCGUAUGUGACGAUGAAGCCAGAAGAUGCUAUAGCUGCGGUCAAUCUUGCGCAUUUGACACAGACGGACAGUGUUCUCCCGAGCGCGCUGUACGGUUGUUGCUCCUUAGACACUCACACACUCUUGCACGGCAUGCUCCGCACAGACGGCUCUUCGGAGAAGCUUUCCCAAGAAGACUUGGAACGAUGCGUCGAGGGGAGAGUCAAGCCUAUGUGGAGAGUCAAGCUUAUGGAGGCCAACACAAGAGAGCUGCGUUGGGUGCUGAAACUGGACCAAGCUAGCCCGGCGUGUUCGCAGAAGUGGCAUUGCACCGUCAAGCUGCGAGAAUUACCAGCGAAGGCUCACCGAGAAGCGCACGGAUCUUUUUAUGCGUUGACUCAAUGGAAUGCUGUUUUCCAACUGGGUGUAUGCGAUAAAUGUGCGGACAUGGUCACAGCCGCGGAGCUGGAAGGGCGGCGCAAGGUCUGGUCAAAACUGCCCUCCCUUAUGGGAGUCACUGUCGAAGGUUGGGGGAGUGAUUCAUAG